GAAAAAGAUGCCACCCUCCACAGACGAGCAAGAAGAGUUUCUACUAUCAUGCAGAUAUGGGGACCUCGACGACGUGAAGACAUUCGUAGACAACUUUGGUGCUGAAUCGGCGGCCCAAGUGCGCGACGAUAAUGGCAACUCUGCGCUGCACAUGCUCUGCGGCAAUGGACACACAGAUGUGCUCGACUACCUACUCCCGAUCCUCCCUCCGUCCGUGCUAUCCGCCAAAAACCACGCCGAUUCCACACCACUGCACUGGGCCGCGCUGAAUUCGCACCUCGAGAUCAUGAAGAAGCUCGUGCAGUUCCCCGCUGGACCAGGACUAGACCUGAUCGACAUCAAAAACUCGGCUGGCCGUUCUCCGCUGGGCGAAGCCGAGCUGGCGGGCUGGGACGAGGGUGCGCGAUGGCUAGUCCAGAUGAUGAAGCUGGAUACCGGCGGCGUGAACGAAGGCGAAUCUGAUGUGAAUGACGGUGACGGGGACGCUGCAAUCGGUGCUGGCGAAGUCGAGAUCGAGAUCGAGGAUGCCGAUGGGAAACUAGCAAAGAUGCGAAUAGGUGGGGAUCAGGGCACCAGUUCGACCACCGGAGACUCUUCGGUAUGAGAAAAACAUUUAUUCCCACCACUGCACAUUCCUGUAUGUUUCUACUGAUUAUAACAUAUGCACAUCAUCAGCCAUGUGCUAUGAACUGCUAUGAAAUGGGCAACAUCUCCGGCUGCC